AUGGGAUCUCUUCCAAACGUUGCAUUGCCUGAUUCAAGUUCGACAAAUCUAUGCACGAUUGAACAUGAUUCCUUAUCUAAACAAAUAAAAACAUUUUUUGAGUUAGAAGAUGUACCUGACAUGAUUGUGUCGGAAAACGAUUAUUGCGAACAGUUCUAUACGUCCACCACAGUACGGAAUUUCGAUGGACGUUACGUGGUCGCAUUACCAUUUCGUGACAACGUUAAUGUAAAUUUUCAGAAAUCAUAUGAACUCGCGCAUAAGCGUUAUUGUAUUUUAGAACAAAAAUUUCGGAAAUCUUUUGAAUUCCAUAAACAAUAUUCAGAAGUAAUUCAAGAUUAUUUACAACAAAAACACAUGUCAUUUUUAGGCCAUGUAAAUGAUUCCGCAGCCAAUGAAGGGUAUUAUAUUCCACAUUUUGCCGUGAUUAAAGACAGCUCAUCCACACCGUUACGAAUUGUAUUUGAUGCAUCAGCAAAGAAUGCUGAAUUUCCUUCCGUGAAUGCCAACCUAUUUUCCGGGCCAAAGCUACAGUCUAACAUUAUCACAAUUCUUCUUAACUUUCGUUUCGGCGAAAUUGCGUUAACGGCCGAUAUUAAACAGAUGUACAGAAAUAUAUUAAUUCGUGAUCAAGAUAGACGAUUUCAAAGGAUACUUUGGAGAUUUUCUCCGGAAGAUCCCCUCGGCAUUUAUGAAUUAAACACUGUCACGUUUGGUAUUACGUCAUCUCCUUUUCAUGCGUUACGCACUAUUAAACAACUAGCUAAAGAUGAGAGCAAAAAUUACCCCUUAGCCACUGAUACAAUUCAAAAUGAUAUUUAUAUCGACGACGUGGUUACUAGUGCAGACACCGUCGAAAUCGCAAAACAACUUUACGUUCAAUUGUCGAUAUUGGGAUUGAGAUGGGAUCCAAUUCAAGAUUGUUUUAAAUUUAAUAUCAACCUUCUCUAUCAAAAUUGGACAAAACGUCAUAUAUUAUCCACCAUUGCUCGUAUUUGGGAUCCCUUAGGUUUUAUAACGCCUAUUACCAUCAAAUUCAAAAUGAUCAUGAAAGAACUAUGGUUAUUAAAAUUGGAUUGGGAUGAGCCAUUACCUUCCUCAUUAGUUGCAACAUGGCUUAGUAUUUAUAAUCAACUUCCAGAAUUAAUUAAUCUUUCCAUUCCUCAAUUUGUAGGUACCAAAAAUUAUAUUCGUUGUUCUCUUUACGGUUUUGCGGAUAGUUCAGAAAAGGCUUAUGGGGCUGUGAUUUAUAUCAAGCCUUGCCAUGAUAAUAAAUAUUACGUUCUUCUUUCAAAAUCAAAAAUUACUCCAAUUAAAGUUCAAACUUUAGCUAGGUUAGAGUUGUGUGCGGCGCAUUUAUUGGCAAAAUUAUUAUCCUUUGUCAUAUCUUCCAAUCAUCAUUCUUUAUGUAUCGAAGAAAUAUAUGGUUUUACGGACUUGAUGAUUGUGCUUCAUUGGUUAACAGGACCAGCUCAUAGAUGGAAAACUUUUGUCGCAAAUAGAGUAACGAAAGUUCAUGAUUUACUUCCUUCUGCCAAGUGGUAUCAUAUUCCUUCCGAGGCAAAUAUUGCCGAUUGUGUUUCUCGUGGUUCAUUACCAAAUACAUUGCUUAAUAAUAGUAAUUGGUACACAGGUCCCUCAUGGCUUUACUCUCAAAGAAGUCAUUGGCCCAUACGUUCUACGUUAGAUUCCAUGCAAAAUGUUCCAGAAGAAAAAGUUUCAUCUUGCUUAGUGGCAAACUCCUAUUUCAACAAAGCCGAAUUAACUAUAAUCAAACUUAUCCAACAAAUCUAUUUUUUCGAAGAAAUUGAUUGUUUGAAAAUGAACAAGUUUCCUAAAAGGUAUCGGACUUUACGACUAUUUUUACAUAAUGGGUUCUUAAGAGUUGGUGGACGUUUAACACAUGCUAACCUGGAUUUUGAUCAUAAAUUUCCCUUGCUUUUACCCAAAAAGGAUCACGUGAUAAAUUUAAUAAUUGAUUAUUAUCAUGAGAAACAUUUACAUGCUGGUCCACAUUUACUCACUUCCAUUCUUCGUCAAAGAUACUGGAUUUUAUCCAUUCGCAGUAUUGUACGCCAACGUAUUCAUAAAUGCAAUAAGUGCUUUAGGAGUAAUCCUAAAUCUUUUACUCCUAUUAUGGCUGAUUUACCUUCUCCUCGUGUUAUGGAGGCAAAACCUUUUCAGCACACUGGUACUGACUAUGCUGGUCCCUUUCGCGUAACCAUGGGAAAAUUUAGGGGCGUAAAAAGUUCAAAAGCAUAUAUUUGUUUAUUUAUUUGUUUUUCCACAAAGGCAAUACAUAUUGAGCUUGCCUCCGAUUUAACCACUUCGACGUUUUUAAAUUGUUUUAAGGGCUUUAUUUCACGAAGAGGUCCAGUUUCUUGUCUGUAUUCAGAUCGCGGAACAAAUUUCGUUGGUGCCAAAUCAGAACUGAAAGAUAUAUUUCAGCUUAUUAACUCAAAAACAUUUAGUGCAUCAUUAAACUCCGAACUUCACAAACAUAAUAUCAAUUGGUCUUUCAAUCCGCCAGCCGCACCCCACUUCGGGGGUUUGUGGGAGUCCAACAUAAAAUCUAUAAAAGCGCAUUUAUAUCGAGUAAUAGGUGAACAAAUUCUUACUUACGAGGAAUUAAAUACCGUGUUAAUCCAAAUUGAGGCGCUUCUCAAUUCUCGACCAUUAUGUUGGAUGAGUUCCGAUCCAAGUGAUCCCCAACCUCUUACGCCAGCUCAUUUCCUCACUUUAACUCCCUUAAACAUCCUUCCAUCAAAAAACAUAUUGCAAAUAGAUUUACCGACGCGAAAACAAUUAAUUGAUAAAAUAAUACAAUCUUACUGGAAGAGAUGGCAUUCUGAAUAUUUAAGUGAUUUACAAUCACGUCAAAAGUGGAACACCCCUUCUCUCCCGGCUAAAAAGGGUAUGUUAGUUCUAAUCAAAAAUGAAAAUUUGCCUCCUCUUCAAUGGUCCAUGGGGGUUAUUGAAGACGUUUUUCCUGGAAAAGACGGAGAGGUGCGCACAGCUUUAGUAAGAACCAGGGCUACGUUAUUGAAACGCCCUGUAGUAAAGCUCUGCCCCCUACCUACACAGUAA